AUGUACUUUGGUAUGUCUGAUCAGGAACAGUUUCCCUUGCAUCGUGCAGCCUUCUUCAACGAUACACAGUCGAUAAUGUUAUUAAUUCGAAAUGGCGUCGAUUUGUACGAACAAGAUAUGCAUGGAAAUACUGCACUGCAUAUUUCGACAAUGUUAGGACAUCGUGAGGCAACAGCUUUAUUGUUAGCGCAUAAUGCUCCGGUGAAAGUUAAAAAUAAGGAAGGGUGGAAUAGUUUGAUGGAAGCUGUAAGCUAUGGUGAUCGUCAAAUCAUCACGACAAUGCUGCGUAAGUUGAAAGCACAAUCACGUGAAAGCAUGACAGCAAGAAAGCCACAUUUAUUGAAAAUGCUAUCCGAAUUGGGAGAUUUCUAUUUGGAACUCAGAUGGGAUUUUCAUAGCUGGAUUCCUCUGUUGUCGAGAAUGCUACCAUCAGAUGUGUGCAAAAUCUAUAAGCGAGGCACAUGUCUGAGGUUGGAUACAACGCUAGUGGAUUUCAACGAUCGAGCUUGGGAACGAGGCGACAUUUCAUUGAUUUACAAUUCAGCAGCUGAAAAAUCUCGUGAUCAGUUGGUUAUCCUGGAUAAUAGGGCGAAAGUAUUUCAAAGGAUUCGUUAUGAGGAAUCAGAUGCCGAAUUGGAUGAGGAGGUUGAUGUUCUGAUGUCAUCCGAUAUUGAAAAAGUUGGUGAAUAUGAUGCAUGCUAUUAUACAGUUGAAGGAAUGUCACUGAUAACACGUAAAAGACGUGAGCAUCUUACGGCAGAGGAUAUCAAAAAGAAUAAAGCAUUCAUGCAGCAUCUUGCGGUUGGUUCUGCAAUGGCUGAUGAUGAAUUUAAGAGUUUACAACAUCGUAAAAGCUUACCGCCUCCGGGCCGUAUGCCAACCACAUGGGAAGAAUAUAUUGGUGCAGCGCCUGGUUUAGCGCCACCUCUAGGUCGAGCACAAAUGGUUAAGCAAAAUACAAAAACUUUUAAAGCACUCAUCGCAAUGAGUGAAGAGUUUCCAUUGACCGUCGACGUUUUAAUCGAUAUUUUGGAAAUUGUGGCUCCAUUUAAGCACCUGAAUAAACUGCGACGAUUUUGUCAAGUUCGCUUACCACCGGGAUUCCCAGUCCGAUUAGAAAUCCCACUGUUACCGACAAUAUCAGCGAAAAUAACUUUCCAGAAGUUAGUCUUUCGUGACGAUCUCACCACGAAGAUGUUCAAAAUCCCGAAAUCAUAUCGCGAAGAUGCUAAUCGAUUUCCAGAUUUAUAA